AUGCUGAACCUCUCAGUUUCCCACGGCCUCAUCUUCUUUGGCGCUACUUUUGCGUCGUGGAUCAUUGGCAUUGUAAUCUACAGGUUGUACUUCCAUCCUCUCGCCAAGUUCCCGGGACCCAAGAUAGCAGCAUGCAGUGAGUUUUGGUUCAUACGCAGUUGGGCCAGUGGGUACUACAUUCAUUAUAUCGGUGACCUGCACCGAAAGUACGGCGAUGUUGUCCGAACUGCCUCCAACGAACUCAGCUUUAGGUCUCCGGUCGCACUCAGGGACAUUUAUAAUCAUGUCUCCAAAGAUAGACCUACGUUCUUGAAGAGCGACACCUUCUACACUGUUGAUCCCUCUGUCACUCGCCCCGAUAUUGUGUUCACUAGAGAUCCUCAAGAUCAUCGGCUGCAGCGAAGAUCUCUCGCUCAUGCAUUCAGUGCCAAGGCCCUGAGGGACAAUGAAGAGACUGUGCAGUUCCAUGUGAAUCUACUGCUUGAACGACUUGGUCAGAAUGCAGGGCCUGGUACAGGUGGAGUGAACAUGUCGGAGGUCUUCAACUGGCUGACCUUCGACGUCAUUGGCGAUUUGACAUUCGGCGAAUCAUUCGACUCACUGAACCAGUGGAGGCCCAGUGAAUGGGUGACCUGGCUUCUCGGAUUCAUCUCUUCACUGACCCUUCUCCCGUUCAUCAACCGCUUCAAGAUCCCAAUGGCCCUACUCAUGUAUCUGAUGCCAAGUGAUCUCAAGAAAAGGGUAGAAAGUCAUAACAGACAUACAACUGAGAAGAUCAAGAGAAGGAUCGAGAUGGGAAACACGCGCGACCGUGAAGACUUCUUUGCCUAUAUCCUCAGAAAAGAGCACGCUAGCCUGGACCUUGUUCAUUUGCGUGAGCAGGCAAAGGUUCUCAUGAUCGCAGGGUCUGAAACGACUGCAAACUUGCUCGCUGCUACUACAUAUUAUCUUCUGAAGAACCCUGACAAGUUGGCCAACCUUCAAGCUGAAGUGCGCUCCACGUUUUCUUCAAGAGACGGCAUUACGGGAGAUGCAGUAGCUCAUCUUCCAUAUCUGAAUGGCGUCAUUGAGGAAGGCCUUCGCAUCUUCCCUCCAGUUCCCUUUGGUCCCCCGCGCGUCUGCACCGGAGCCACAAUCGACGGACAGUACGUUCCCAAAGGUGUUGUUGUAUCAGUCGAUGGCUUUGCCACUACGCAUGAUGAACGAAACUUCACUCGGCCAGAUGAGUUUCUCCCAGAACGAUGGAUUGGCGAGGGCUUUGGAGAUCGAAAAGAGGCUAGUAAACCCUUUUCACUUGGCCCUCGAGGUUGUCUGGGUAUCAACCUUGCAUACAUGGAAGCGAGGAUCGCAAUGGCCUCGCUGGUUUGGAAGUUCGAUUGGGAGCUUAUUAACCAGGAUCUUGACUGGCUCGCCGAUGUCAAGUUGCAUCUGCUUUGGGAGAAGCCGAAGCUCAUGGUUCGGUUCCAUCCACGAGAUGAAGUCGCAACUACUUGA